CCCCCACAUGCGGAAUGACAACCGGGUGCGCCCGAAGGCUAGCCGCUAGCGGCCUCUGGGGCGGUUUCCUCUUCUUUCUUCGCUUUGCCCCCCGUGCUGAAGAUAGCCGGAAUAAUGAUCGGGGAGAUUUCCAGAGGGAGGACGAGAUCGCGUGCUGAGGUUUCCCGGCCUCGCGUCGCCGAGGAAGGAGUCUGCAUCUCCGACGUCGUUUCAGCGACGCAAAGGGUGGAACAUAAAACGGGACUUCUGCUUGGCUCGUCUGCCCCAAACGGAGUAGUUGAGUAAGAGGGGCGUCGUCCCCACCCCACCCGCCUGGUUUUUUCUUGGCAGCUCCGCGGCCACCAUUUCCAUCUCCGGCGAUGGCGGCCACGAUCCACUAUCCGGCCAUUGUGAGCAAAGGCAUCAGAGACCACUGCAAGAUGCGAAGAUCCAUCUCGGAUCCGCAGCUACAUUGCUCGCUGAACACGAAGGACGCCGCAUCCGGUUUGCCGACCGAGACCAACUUGAGAGGCACGGCCAACUCGCAGAAAUCGCUGGGGUUCCUUCCGUUCUCCCUGUCCGCGGGUUCGAUCCCUAGCUCCGUGGUCCGGUUCUUCGUGGAGAGGUCGGAGCCGGAGGAGGGCGCGUUGGUGGAAGCAGAGGAAACGCCGGUGGUGAGAAAGAGCAUCGGGAGGGUGAACUGGAUCACAAGGUUGCUGGAGCUGAGGAGCGAUUGGAAGGGUCGGAAAAGGGAGGAAGAGGAGGUGAAGUCGGGGGCCGGAGAGGAAGAGGAGGGAGAAAAUGUAGCGGAAGACGGUGGGUGUUGGUGUUGUGGGGAGGACUCGGCGGGGGAGGGAGAGUUGGGACUUGGAGACGUCGUGGAAGAUGCGGAGUCGUUCUCGAAGUUCCUGGUUCGAGCCACAUUGGACGAAACGCAGGUGUUGGCUCAGCUCGCAUCCCUCUGCUACCACGCGUACUUCAUCUCGGAGAUCAAGCCCGACGAACUGUGGAGGUACCACCGGCUGAGCUACGUCACCUCCUCUCUCGAAAAGAAAGCCAAAGCCAAAGAACUUUGCAAGGCGGGCACUGGAAACGACUCGCCGGGACUCUCGACUUCAGGAGUGAAGAAGGCGGUCAGGCCAUCGGUGGCCUAUGAGAUUGCCGCCGCCGCCGCUUCCUAUCUGCACUCGAGGUCGAGGAGGUUGCUUCCGUUCGCAGCCAGGGCCCACAAUGGCACCGACUCCGCCAGACACUGCGAGUGUGGUGGUGAUUUCUCUAGCCCUGGGGCUUCCAAGUCAGAGAUGGCGGCUUAUGUGGCAGCGUCGACCGUAACGGCGGUGGUGGCAGCAGAGGAGGAGGCGAAGAAGGAGGCGGCCAAGAAUCUGCGAUCCCUGCACUCAUCGCCUUGUGAGUGGUUCGUCUGCGACGAUGAUGCCGCGCACACUCGUUGCUUCGUCAUUCAGGGGUCAGACAACUUGUCGUCAUGGCAGGCCAAUCUAUUCUUCGAGCCUACACCUUUUGAGGGAAUGGACGUGUUGGUUCACAGAGGCAUCUACGAAGCUGCCAAAGGCAUGUACAAUCAGCUGUUUCAGGAGGUGGUGGACUACCAAAGAGUGCACGGCAAACAGGCGAGAUUCCGGUUCACUGGCCACUCUCUCGGCGGAGGCCUCUCCGUGUUGGUCAGCCUCAUGCUUGUGGCCAGGGAGGUGGUGCCUGCAUCGUCGAUGCUGCCGGUUGUGACGUUCGGGGCUCCCUUCAUCUUCGGUGCGGGGCAACGCGUUCUGCAAGCUCUGGGCUUGAGCGACUCGUUCGUGCAGUCGGUCAUGAUGCACCGGGACAUCGUCCCUCGGGCCUUCUCGUGCCGGUACCCGGACCGCGUGGCCGUGCUCCUUCGGCGGCUCAGCGCCAGCUUCCAACACCACCCUUGCCUCAACAGCGAUAAAUUGUUGUACACCCCACUGGGCGAACUUCUCAUCGUGCAGCCUGACGAAGCCCUGUCUCCAGCUCAUCCCCUUCUUCCACAUGGGAGUGGCCUGUACAAGCUUAGAACGACGCUGGGGUAUGGUCCGCUAGCAAGUGCUGUGCGCACCUUCCUCAAUUCACCACAUCCAUUAGAAACUCUUAGUGAUCCCAAGGCUUAUGGUUCGGAAGGCUCCAUACUAAGGGACCAUGAGUCUGCUAAUUACCUGAAGGCCGUCAACGGCAUCGUGCUGCAGCAGACGAAACACAGGCGACGGAUGCUGCGGGAGCAACGGAAACAUGAUCUGUGGCCUCUAUUCAGGCCGUGUUCACAUGCAAUGUCAUCCCCGCCAACGACGGAAAUCGCCAUUGGUGUGGAGGUUCUGUAAUUGUUGCGACAGGGUUGUUGUGUAAAUGAAUUAAUUCUUAUGCCUUACAUUCUUACUGUCAUAAAAGAGCUUGUUCUUGAUCGUUUCUACCAAAUCAAACAGUUGGUGUUACGUACUGUUGCUAAAGUGAACGUGCCUUUGAGACCAUGGUGGUAGUGAUUGCAGAGAGGUUGUGUAA